AGAAAUGGCAGGCAGGGUUACAUGUCAAGCAGAGGCGGUGCCUCCUCAGAUCUCUCUGGUCAGGACAAGGAAUCUUCCAACGGUCUCAUUCUGCAUGCACAUACAUCCCCCACUUUUCUUUCCUUCAUUCAUUCGUUUCCUUCUAAUCAAACCCAAAACAAUCUUCCAAAGGCGCUAGCUUCACCUGAUCACUGUUCUAUUCUAUCACAAUUUACAUCACCUCUCUUCUUAUUCAUAUUUGUUCACUGUUUCAUUCUCAUCUUCUCAAUUACGUCAAAGUACAAUUCCCCUCUUCAAUAUUCUCUCUCCUGACAUUCUUCAGAUUCCUCUUCUCUGCAUCCACUUUCAAUUCUCAUUAUCAAGCUAAUCAUUAGGAUUCUCAUCGGAAAUUUUAUUUUAUCUUAUUUUGGUGUGAUCGUGUGAGGGUCUGGUUUCUCUACUCCAUGGCGGUUUCUCAGGUGCCUGAAAGUGUUGGCACCUCGGCUACAACUACUACUACUGCCUCCGUUCACAGCGAUUUGGAUCUCAACCUUGCCUCUCUUCGUCGAAGGCCCCUGUCAGAGUCUUCUGUUAGGCCUGAGGCUUCUGAAGCCGAGAGUUCUGCUCAAGAUGUUCUCGGAGAUUCUGACUCCAAUUAUUCCAAGUCCGGCACCGAGGGUGGGAACCAGGAGUUGGAAGGUCCCAAUGUGAUUGAUCAGACGAUUCCAGACCAGUUCCCGGAUGUUUCCGAACUUAAAUUUGCUUAUCGUCCUUCAGUUCCAGCUCAUCGCAGAAUCAAGGAAAGCCCUCUCAGCUCCGACAAAAUUUUCAGACAGAGUCACGCGGGCCUUUUCAACCUCUGUAUUGUUGUGCUUGUUGCGGUGAACAGUCGGCUUAUCAUUGAGAAUUUAAUGAAGUACGGUUGGUUGAUUAAGUAUGGCUUUUGGUUUAGUUCAAAAUCUUUGAGAGACUGGCCACUCUUCAUGUGUUGCCUUUCCCUUGCAGUAUUUCCUCUUGCAGCCUUUGUAGUGGACAAAUUGGCGCAAAAGAAGCAUGUACCUGAACCAGUUGUUGUUCUACUACAUGUAACCAUUACGUCAGCUGCAGUGUUAUAUCCGGUUUUAGUAAUCCUCAGGUGUGAUUCUGCUUUUUUGUCAGGUGUUACAUUGAUGCUUUUGGCUUGCAUUGUGUGGCUAAAACUGGUGUCUUAUGCUCACACCAACUAUGAUAUGAGAGCACUUGCCAGAUCAAUUGAAAAGGAAGAAGCACUACCUAAUACUUUGAAUAUAGAGUGCCAAAGAAAUGUGAGCUUGAAGAGCUUGACAUACUUCAUGAUUGCUCCUACAUUAUGUUACCAGCCAAGCUAUCCCCGCACACCAUAUAUUCGAAAAGGAUGGGUGUUUCGUCAACUUAUGAAGCUGAUAAUAUUUACUGGAGUUAUGGGAUUUAUAAUAGAACAAUAUAUUAAUCCUAUUGUCCAAAACUCAGAACAUCCUUUGAAGGGAAACCUCCUUUAUGCCCUUGAAAGAGUUCUAAAGCUUUCUGUUCCAAAUUUAUAUGUGUGGCUCUGCAUGUUCUACUGCUUUUUUCACCUCUGGCUAAAUAUACUUGCUGAGCUUCUUCGGUUUGGUGACCGUGAGUUUUAUAAAGAUUGGUGGAAUGCAAAAACUGUUGAAGAGUACUGGAGAAUGUGGAACAUGCCUGUGCACAAAUGGAUGGUCCGCCACUUAUAUUUUCCAUGCUUAAGGAAUGGUAUACCCAAGGGUGUUGCUGUUUUAAUCGCCUUCCUGGUAUCUGCUGUGUUCCAUGAGCUGUGCAUUGCCGUUCCUUGCCACAUUUUUAAGCUGUGGGCUUUUAUUGGAAUCAUGUUUCAGGUUCCGUUGGUCUUGAUUACGAAUUACCUUCAGAACAAAUUCAGAAGCUCAAUGGUUGGGAAUAUGAUUUUUUGGUUCAUAUUCAGUAUUCUUGGCCAACCUAUGUGCGUGUUGUUAUACUACCAUGACUUGAUGAAUAGGAAAAAGAAAAUUGACUAAGCUGGCAUUGCAUCAUCAACCAUGCAAGUGGAAGAGUUCUUCAGGCUGUUGUAGAUAUGUGGCUGCCUAUUUUUUCUACGGGAAACGUUUUCUGCCUUGAUACUGAUAGUGGUUGCCAUGGGCUGAGCGUCUCCAAGUGACAUUUUCUUGAUGUUGUUUCAUGCUAAUCCAUGUACAAUGAUAGAUGCCAAUGUAGCGGUGUGAAACUGGCUUAUGUUAGUAACUGAUUACAAAAUUGUAAAUGGUCUAGGUUAGAUACCCAUGAUCUGGAAAUGCCUCCCGUACAUGUUGCGUCCACGUUAUGUUGAAUAAAACUUUCUGGAAUUUUGAUACCAGAGCACUUCUCUAUAAUCGUGAUACAUGGAGGACAUUGUUGCAUGCACCAUAUUGAUUUUGUUAAUUGCCAUCGUUCGCAUCGUUGUGAA